AUGAAGGUCACGAUAGCAUUAGCAGCUCUGUCGUGUCUGACGUGGGUUGCCGCCCAUUGCCCUCCCACUGGCGCUGUUCUGCCCAACCCCAAGAUCAGGUCGAGCGACAGAAUAGCAACAGCUCUCAAGAAAAGUUUGGAAAAUGUCGUCAAGUCCUGUCAAAACGACUUCAACAUCACGACAACGUCCUUCUCGAUCGCGAUCACUACAACUGAUGAUACUUUCUUCGAGUUUCACCACACAGCACUGCUUCGUAACGAUACAGGCGUCAACACAGUUAAUGGGGACACCAUUUACCGUUUAGGAUCUGUGACGAAAGUUUUUACCGUGUUGUCUCUUCUUUUGGAGGAAGGUCUCAAUCUUGAUUCGCCUGUCUGGCAGUUUGUGCCAGAGCUGGAGAACGUCGUCAAAUAUAAGGACACGACAUUGAGGAUGUUAGCAAGCCAGAUCGCUGGUGUCAACCAAGACAAAUUCUUUGAUGGGCUCAAGUUUUCGAACCUUACGUGGCAGCCCGGCACCAACGCUGCAUACAGCAAUCUUGCCUACAUAAUCCUCGGCUUUGCUGUCGAGAACAUUACGUCCUCCUCCUACGCCGAUGCCCUGAAUGACCGUAUCGCCGCACCCCUCAAACUCAAAAACACAGGCACCAGAGUGCCUGCUAUCGAAAACGGCAUCAUUCCCGUCGGCGGCCUCGAGUGGUAUACUAGACCACUUGCUAACUACGACAGUACCGGCGGUAUGUUCUCAACGCCACACGAUUUGCAGUCUUUCAUCCGCAGCAUCCUCAACCACGAGCAACUCUCCCAUGCCAACACUGCCAUGUGGCUCAAACCAGUCGUCUUUACUGCCAAUCCUGCCGAAGCCGUCGGUAUGCCUUGGGAGAUCUAUCGUCCCAGCGACCUGAUACCCGACGGCCGCCCGAUAGAGAUUUAUAGCAAAACCGGAAACCUGCCGUUUUACGCCGCGCACGUUGCUUUCUUGCCUGCUUAUGGUGUCGGUCUCUCCAUCAAUACCGCUGGCCAGGAGGCAUUUACCGCCGUCAGGGACCUCCUCGAUGUUGUGAUCCGCACCCUCAUUCCAACUCUCGAAUCGGUCACGCGAUCCCAGGCGGAAGCUACCUAUGGUGGUACCUACGCCUCCGAAACCGGCUCGCUGACUCUAGUCGUGGACGAUGGUCCAGGGCUCAAGAUUGAGGAGUGGAUGUUCGGCAAUGGCAGCGUCCUCGAUGCUUGGCUGGGAUUUCCUGGACGAGAAGAUCUCUCCAGUGUUGAUGCGAGGGCUUACCCGGUCGGUAUAGAUGACCGCUGGUUGGUGUACUUUGAGGGCCAUUCGUCAAGGAACAAAACUGGGAUCUUUGCCAAGCAGUGUGAGACGUGGAUCGCGCAGGAUGGACUGAGAUUUGCGGGAUUGCCAAUCGAUGAGAUUGAUUUCAAGUUUGAGGAUGGAAGGGUUGCCAGUGUAACGUCGCCAGGUUUGCGGCAGGAGUUGCUGAAGAUUCGACGGUGA